CUUCUUGAAGAAUUGAACAUCUGGCCUCAGAUCAAGAGACUGGCCGGAACUAGCGCAGGAGCCAUGACGGCCACACUCCUUGCCAUCGGAUACGAUUCCCGGGAUUUGGAGCAGUUCUUCAGCCUGAACCUGAAUAAUAUUUUUCUUGAUCACAAAUUUGGCUAUCUCAGUCUCCUUCCUAACCUCCUGACUUCAUAUGGUUGGAACCCUGGACAGAGAAUCUACAAAUGGUUUGGCCAGAGAGUGUUCGAUAAAACUGGUGACAUGGACACAACUUUUAAACAGGUGUACGAAAGGUUCAAUCGCGAGCUUUGUGUGGUUGUCACAAAUCUAAACCAGAUGACAACCCUGUACUGUCAUCCCAAGACUACCCCUGAUAUGCCUGUUAGGCUGGCAGUGCGCAUGUCUAUGAGCAUUCCAGGUUUGUUUCAUGCCGUAAAGCAUACGUUACAUGGACAAACUGACAUAUUUGUUGAUGGUGGAGUUCUGUGCAAUUAUCCAAUACAUUGCUUUGAUGGAUGGUGGUUGUCAAUGAAACCUGAAGAUAAUUUCCUGGAGAAACUUCAGCCCUUAGAAGACAUACCAAGGCUUUUGGAAAGAACUGAAAGAUUUGGCACAUACAAUGAGAAAACUUUGGGCAUGCAACUGUACUCAGAUAAUGAACAAGAUUUGCUGAAGUAUCAACUAGAGAAUUUGCGUCAUGGGGUUCAGCUUCAAGAACUACCGAACACAAAACUUGCAAGAGAAAAGAUAAAAAAGAAAAAGCUACAGCUAAAAACAGAUCGGGAACACAGGAGGCUGGUUAAGGCUAUGAAUGCAUUUCUUCGGGCACUUAACAAACACAAUGUUGACAAAAAUGACACCAUUGACAGACAGGAAUUGGAGGCAGCAUUAAAAGAUGAAUCAUCCUUUCCAAGAAGCAGAAGGGUAAUAUUAUUUGGGGAUGUUGGCAGUGAUGUCAUUCUAGAUUACCUUGACAAAGAUCAUAAUGGACAGAUCAGUUAUAAUGAACUUCUGAGCUUCAUGGAAGAGACUGGGAUCAGCAUGCAGAACAGAUUCCUGGGAUACCAGCGACGUCAGAUUAAAAGUUUUCCCAGUUUCCUGGACACACUGCAAGCAACUCUGCUGACAAAUGUCAAGAGGGUCUAUGUCGAGGAAAGAGAUCUCAAACGCACAGUUGGCAUCAAUACAGGUCAUGUAGGAACUUCAGACUUUGUCCUUGAACCUGCAGAUGUUGAAUUUGUUAUGGAACGAGGAAAACGUUCUCUAGAAGCAUUUCUCAAAUAUUACGUGGCCAGCAAUCACCUCAAAAAGAAGCCAGAGUACAAGCGGGCCAGUGUUGACAUUCGUAAAAACUCCAAGUGUUCUCUUAUUUCUAGUUCCUCAACCCAAAGUAUCGAGAGCGCAAAUUUUCCUACAAUUCCAGCCAUUGCUAUAUCUGCAUACAUCAUGUCACCGCUGGCAGCAGAGCCAAAGCCUACCGAAAGUCACCGAUCUGAUAUAAUUCAAGAAGAAAUGUCUGUGCCAGUUGUUUCCCCUCAAAAACCAUGCAGCACUAGGUUAGGAUCAUCAGCAAAGAGUGUAACCAUAUCUGACAAUAUUGAAAUAAUGCCAGAUACAGGCAAAUACAGUUCUAGUAGCACAAAUCAUGUGAAGCAAGAAGAAGUGUGUAAUGGCGAUGGACAAAGUGAAGCCUUAGAAAAUGAUUAUGAGGACUCAGAGUAUGUAUUUCUACUGGGUGAUAGCUCUGAAUAUAGAAACAGUCUCGCCAAUGGAAAAUGUGGUGGUAUUCCCAAAAACAUAAAUCAUGAUUCAUCACUAUCAUCAGAUAUGUUGUCAGCAAGUGGUGUUUCAGUGAGUAACAGGUUCAGUAUCCCGAGUACAGAUGCAGACAAUUCACAGUCACCAAAUGGUGAAAGCUUCUUUACCAGGGGAAAUGCUAAACAGUCUGGUUUUUGUUCAUCUGUUGAAGGUGAUGCACUAGUCCACAAAUCCAAAGGGAAAUAUGAAAGUUCUACAACACCACUUCUGCAUUCAACAGAAUCUACAGAUGCCAUAGAACUCCACGCUUUAAGUAAAGGUCACUAA